AACAGGCAAAGUGAGAAAAGUAGUGGAGGAAGGAAGAAGAUGAUUAUUAUUUAGACAAUAUGUCCUUUUUAACGCGAUUAUUCGAAUGUUCGUUCCUCGGUGAUGGUAGUUUCGCAGUCGACAUUCCAUUCGUUAGUCACUUCUGUUUCCAGAGACGCUCGUCCCGGAGGAUUGUUCUCCUUGUAAUCUGUUGUGACUUUCCCAGACCUUCUGACCGAAAGAGUAUCAAGCGUCACGGCUGGGAGAAAAGGAUGAGCACGCCCGAAGGACGAAGGGUUUUAAUAAGGAGAAUUCUGAAAGGAUAACAUGU